CCCAGCCCCAAAGCCUCUUGCUCCUCCAGGGCUGGCCAGGGGAGGCUGGGCUUUCGCCGCCUGCCAAGGCCGAGGGCUCCGGUUACAGGCGCCGGGCUCUGCUCCGGAGGCAGCCUCCUAGAACCCAGGAGCAGCAGGCCAUUUGCAGACCCUCCAAGAUGGCGGAAGCCCACCAGGCAGUGGCCUUCCAGUUCACGGUGACCCCCGAAGGGGUGGCCUUUCAGCUCAGCCGCGAAGCCCUCAAGCAGAUCUACUUGGCUGGCCUUUCUUCAUGGAAGAAGCGCUUUGUCCGGCUGAAGAACAGCAUCCUGACGGGGGUGUUUCCGGGGACCCCUUCGGGAUGGCUGGCCGUCGUUGUGGCCACAGUGGGCUCCACAUAUUUCCACAUCGACGUCUCCAUGGGGCUGAUCUUCAGGAUCCAGAGGCACCUGCCCAGCAGUUGCAGAUCCUUGAGCUUCCGCAGCCGCUUCCUCCUGAGCACCAUCGUCUUCUCCACAGGCGUCUGGAUCGCGGGCAUCUUCCUCUGCCGUCAGACCCUCAAGCUCCUGCUCUCCUACCAUGGAUGGAUGUUCGAGCCCCAUGGCAAGAUCAGCCGCAGCACCAAGAUCUGGGCAACUUUGGUGAAAGUGAUGUCCGGCCGCCACCCCAUGCUCUACAGCUUCCAGACCUCCUUGCCCAAACUGCCUGUUCCCCGCGUGGUUGACACAAUCCAUCGGUACCUCGAAUCCGUCCGUCCACUGCUGGACGAUGAGAAAUACUACGACAUGGAGGCCUUGGCCCUGGACUUCCAGCAGCAACUGGCCCCCCAGCUCCAGAAGUACCUCAUCCUCAAGUCCUGGUGGGCCACCAACUACGUGAGCGACUGGUGGGAGGAAUACAUCUACCUUCGCGGAAGGAGCCCCAUCAUGGUCAACAGCAACUACUACGUUAUGGAUUUCCUCUAUGCCACCCCGACGUCCAACCAGGCUGCCCGGGCGGGCAAUGCUGUCCACUCCAUCCUGCUGUAUCGCCGCCGACUGGACAGGGAGGAUUUUGCACCUCUGAUGGCGCUUGGCGUUGUGCCCAUGUGCUCCUAUCAGAUGGAGAGGACCUUUAACACGACGCGGAUCCCCGGAAAGGAGGCAGAUACCCUGGUCCACCUGUCGGACAGCAAGCACCUGGCCGUCUACCACAAGGGCCGUUUCUACAAGGUCUGGGUCUACCAUGCCGGGAAGCUCCUGCCGCCCCGCGACCUGGAAAUGCAGUUCCAGCGCAUCCUUGAUGACGCUUCGCCACCGCAGGACGGAGAGGAGAAGCUGGCUGCACUCACUGCAGGGGAGAGGAGUCCGUGGGCCGAAGCCCGAGUGAAAUAUUUUGGCCAAAGGAAGAACAAGGCCUCCCUGGACUGCAUUGAGCGAGCCGCCUUCUUCCUGACGCUGGACGAGGAGGCACACGCCUUUGACCCCAACAGGGAGGACAGCCUGGACCUUUAUUCCAAGAGCCUUCUGCACGGAAAAUGCUAUGACAGGUGGUUUGACAAAUCCUUCUCUCUGGUGGUGUACCGUAACGGCAAGUUGGGGGCCAACGCUGAGCACUCCUGGGCUGACGCACCCGUCAUCGGACACCUCUGGGAGUUCAUGCUGGCUACUGACCACUUCCAACUGGGCUACUGCAGUGACGGUCACUGCCACGGGAUGCCCAACACGGAUCUGCCCCCACCCCAGCGCUUGACGUGGGACAUUACGGAGGAGUGUAGCAAGGCCAUCGAUGCCUCCUACAGCGUGGCCCGGGCGCUGGCGGAUGACAUAGAUUUCCACAGCUUCCGAUUUGUCGACUUUGGCAAAGGGCGUAUCAAGAAAUGCCGGACCAGUCCAGACAGCUUCAUCCAGAUCGCUUUGCAGCUGGCACACUUCCGGGACAAGGGCUGUUUCUGCCUCACCUAUGAGGCCUCCAUGACGCGGCUGUUCCGGGAAGGCAGGACGGAGACGGUGCGCUCUUGCACCAAUGAGUCGACCGCCUUCGUGCGCAGCAUGGCGAACCCAAAUUGCAGUCCCUCCGAGUGCCUGCAGCUGUUCAAAGUGGCCGCAGAGAAGCACCAGCACAUGUACCGCCUGGCUAUGACCGGCUCUGGCAUUGACCGGCACCUCUUCUGCCUCUACGUAGUUUCUCGCUACCUGGGACUGGACUCUCCCUUCCUUGCCAAGGUGCUGUCCGAACCCUGGCGACUCUCCACCAGCCAGACCCCCCAGCAGCAGAUCAAAAUGUUUGACUUGGAAGCCCACCCAGAGUGCGCCUCCUCCGGAGGGGGAUUUGGGCCAGUGGCCGACGACGGGUACGGAGUUUCCUACAUCAUCGCUGGGGAGAACCUCAUCACUUUCCACGUUUCCAGUAAAUUCUCCAGCCCUGAAACGGACUCCAAGCGUUUUGGGAGGAACAUCCACCAGGCGAUGCUGGACAUUGCAGCCCUGUUCGAGAUGCCAACCAAGAAAAUGGCCAACUGAGCCAAGGGGCAUGUCGUGCCUGUGAUGGACCCCUGGACACACUUGGACCCAGAUGCCGAGCCAAGCCAAGCCAUUGCAAGGACACCAUUGCCUCCCGGCUGCAAGCAGGCCACCCAUCAGCAGAUCCCUAGGGGUCUAUGGGGGGGGGUCCAUGCCAGCCUCCCUCCGGCUGUGGCUUUGGCCUCCAGUCCUCCCUGCUCAGAGGAGCGCCUCAGAGAGACCCAAGGAACUGUGCAGAUGGAUGGCGGGUGUCGCUGUGAUAUGUCUCUCAUAAAGGAGGAUUGUUUUGGGGAGCUGUGCCUGUGUGGACAUGAGUCUAGAUUUCGGAGUUGCUCUCUGGGCCAGCGAAGGAGAAGUGGAGGCACUGCUGCCUGGAAGUUGGAGGGGCUGGUUUGUGUUUUUGGGAUGGUGGACCCAUUGGAUGACCGUGGGCAAGAAGUCAUACUCUCUCAGCUUCAGGGGAAGGCAGUGGCAAACCUCUUCUGAACAAAUCUUGCCAAGAAAGCUCCAUGAUAGGUUCAUCUUAGGGUCACCGUAAGUCGGAAACAACUUGGAGGCACACAACAACAAACAACAAGAUGUCACACAGAACACCUCUCUGUAGCUUCUCCAACUUGUGGGUCAUUGUGGCUGUAGAAUAGACCCCUGCCAAUGAGGGUUGACCCAGGGAAGGCAUGGAUGGGACCAAGGACGGAGCCGCUGUGGGGCUGGGAACUGGCAGGAUAGACCAGGAGGUACUCUCCAAGGGGGAGGGAGAGAUAGAGACUCCCGCGACAACUAGUUCCCCACAGAACCAGCCAGUUGCCAAGGGGGAGGAAAUGGUCUCCUGCCCUACUGAUUGCUUUGGGGCAUACCCACACACGCAAAUGGGGAGGGGAGGCUGUCAGGAUUGCACAAUGGGCUUUGCUCCUCAUGUGGGCCUGUUGCAUUUCUGGGCAGCCAGCCUUAGCCACCUGGAGCCAAGGGUCGCUUUCAAGCUCCCAGGUAGAUAGGGCAAGAUGCCCAUGGCAGCCAGGGCCCCCUUGGCUAUUGGGCUUGGCUGCAGGAAAGACCCUCCAAAAAAGAAACGCUGUGCCAUGGUCUUUCAGGUGCAACUUGCAUGGAUGUGCCAUGAAGCACAGGACAGGAAUGGAAAUGGCUUGUCCCUGGUGAAGGGUCUGGAAACCAUGCCUUAUGAGGAAAGACUUAGGGAACUGCUGGAUAUUGGGGUUUAGCCUGGAGAAUAGAAGGUUAAGAGGUGAUAUG